AUGCUCUGUACUGCUACACCUAAUAACACUCCACAAUAUUACUCUCCACCCGCGUCGCCUACCCUUCCACAACGACUCCCCCAGGGUUUAACUGACUUUUUUGCUCAAAUAAUAUGUGAUAUUCUGCCAACGCCGUCCUCGCUACAAUCUAAAUCUUCUAUCGUCUCAUUACCCGAAUUGCUCUUCUUUAUCGAAAAAGUAACUCACCGUGCUGGUGUGUCGUGCAAAGUCAUCGUCUACGCCAUGAUCUAUCUUGAGAGAGCAAAAGAAGCUCUCCCUAAAGGCGCUGUCGGCAACUAUGGCACCACGCAUCGUUUAUUCCUUGCUUCCUUGUUACUGGCCUCUAAAUUCCUUGAGGCGGAUGCCGAUGAUAACAUGUUCACUCAACUGCCUCGCCUCAAUGGCAAGCGUUUAACGGACCUCUGUGGUGGCAUUUAUACCCUGCGGGACAUCAAUACCUUUGAGUCCUCGUUUCUUAAGCUUAUCAAGUAUCGUUGCUGGGUCGACGAACAUGACGUUGAAAAUUUCCUGCGAAAAAACAGCGUUCAACUUCAUUUUUAUUGA